AUGAUAUCUAGAUUCGGUUAUAUAAUUAACUUAUUAAAGGCGCUAGAAAGGAAUGUAUUACAUAGCUUUGGUCAUCCUCCGAGAGAAUUAGCCAUAGUACAGAUUUAUGAAAGACAGAGUUCAAACCCUCCUAAAAAGUUUUCUAUAAAGGAUAUCAUUGGAGAUGGCAUGUUGCUAGCUGUUCCUAAAUUUAGAAGAACAAUUGAAAAGCGCUGGAAAAGGAAAUUUGGAUCACCAGAAUAUGUAUGGAAAAUGCUUGUGCCCAAAACAAAUAUCAAAGUAUGCCAGGAUUGUGGCCAUCAUCAUGAGCGAGGACGCCUCUGUGGAAACUGUUACAACAGAGUAGAGAGUGAAACAAAAGAAAUACAAGCUAAAAUACAAGAAAAAUUAGGACUCAACCCCAUUGAGAAGGAUGUUAUUGUAUUAUAUGAAGGGGAAAAUGUUCCCGAAAUGCCUAAUGAAUUUUGGGAAGGUAAGAGGAUAAUUGAGAUGAAGAAAGAAAGACCUCAAUGGUUCAGCAAAAAUCUUUUGCAGAAAUCAACUCAGCAACCUUCUAGUUCCAAAGAUGUUAAGCCAACUGAUCUGGCUUAA